UAGCUAACUUCUUGCUAGUAAAUAAUCUAAGAAUGACGUGUUACGCGGUGUUCAAUUUUUAUUUUAAAUAAAUUGCCUGUUCGUUCUGUUUAGGUACAUUUAACAAAGUUCUUUUUCAAAUUUCAACUUAUACAAUUUUGUAUUUUAAGUUGCUUUACCAACAKUCACGAUGUUUGACGGAUUUCUAGAUGAUUUAAAACGCAUGAAUAAACGACAAUUUCUCUAUCAAGUAUUGAGUUUUGGAAUGAUUGUUUCAUCUGCAUUAAUGAUAUGGAAAGGUUUAAUGGUUUUUACUGGUAGCGAGAGUCCAAUUGUUGUUGUUUUAAGUGGUAGUAUGGAACCAGCCUUUCACCGAGGGGAUCUAUUAUUCCUCACUAACUAUGAAGAAGAACCAGUCAGAGUUGGUGAAAUAGUCGUGUUUAAAAUUGAAGGACGUGAUAUUCCUAUUGUUCACAGGGUUUUAAAACUACACGAAAAAAAUAAUGGCACAAUUAAAUUUUUAACCAAAGGUGACAACAAUAGUGUAGAUGAUAGAGGAUUGUAUGCUCCUGGUCAACAGUGGCUAGAAAAAUCUGAUAUGGUUGGCAGAGCUAGAGGAUUUUUACCAUAUGUUGGAAUGGUUACAAUUUUAAUGAACGAGUAUCCUAAAGUCAAAUUUGCUGUUUUAGCAUGUCUUGGACUAUAUGUACUAGUUCAUCGUGAAUAAACCUUAAAUCAAUUUGUGUUGAGCAAAAAGAAAAUAUGGAAUUCUUUAACUUGUUAAUUUAAAUUCAUGUGAUGUGUGUUUAUUGAGGACUGCUAAGCUUUUCUUAUUCUUAAAUAUUUUGUGUUAUUCAAUUACUAAAAGCGGAUUAUUACAAUUUUUUCCUAUCAAGCCAAACUUAA